AUGGUCGAGGCGCACGUAGCGAUGGUUUUAAAGGCGAUCGGGGAGAUCUCAUCCGUUGAUCUUGGUGUGACGUGGCGCUCGGAUCUUAGCUCACGCAAGGUGGAUAAGGUCGAUUGGAAAGUGGGACCCGACACGAUAAGUUCGAGAUAUUUAGAUCGGAGGGUCAGAAAUCCAUCUCACGUGCCCGCAUCUCUCGCUUUCUCUUUAUUUACGAGGAUGGGAAGUCUCUCCAUCUCCACCGUGUCUCUGUCGCCGUUCCUGCCUCAGACUCAGACCCGAACCAGAGUUUUCAGUACCCGAACGAAUCUCCGCUCAUUCAAUCUCAAACCGAAAAGGGUUUGCACGAAACUUAGAGGUUUGGGCGGAAACCAGAAGGAUUCGAGGAGAUUCGUCGAUGAAAAUGGCGCCGUUGAUGACAUGGAAGGUUACUUAGACCAUCUCUCUCUCGAAUACGACUCCGUCUGGGACACAAAGCCCUCCUGGUGUCAGCCAUGGACGAUAAUGCUAACGGGUCUAUCAAUAGUGGCAUGUAGCUGGACAAUACUACAUUCGGUUUUAGUUUCAUCGCUUGCCGUUGGUUUAAUUGGCGCUUGGUGGUACAUUUUCCUUUAUAGCUACCCAAAGUCGUAUUCAGAAAUGAUUGCUGAAAGAAGGAAAAGAGUAGCUGAUGGUUAUGAAGAUAUAUACGGCAAAAACAAGAGCUCCUAG